GACUAAAUUAUCAUAGUAGUGUCUGCAUGUGUGUGCGUGUUCUGUGAUCUGUUUGUAGGUGGUGGUGUCUAGUGGUAACAGUUUGUAUGAGAUGCUGAAGCAGAACAAAUUCUGUGGUACAGAAUAAAUGUUUUUGUCGUUGCAUACAAAUGGAGAGCGAGCGAGACAGAUGGAUAUUUAGAUGGACAUACCGCUUGGUGGAUAGGGUAUAAAGAGAAACCUAUUGGUUCCUUCUGCCUAGUCUGUGAUAGUUACAAUGCUGCAUGUUUUAUAUUUUGGACAGUUGAUUCAUGCAUACCAAGACCUCUGCCAAUUUUCGAAUUGCUAUUGCCACAUGUAUGGCAUUCUAUUGCGUCAAAUUUCUACUCCAAUGUAAUAGUAGAGAGUGACAGGCAUGGGAGCUACAGAUGAGCAAAUGGCGGAGCCAGGAGCUAUCACAGCCAUCUCAGUGGUAGAUUCCUCCAGGUUGUCAACAUUUGUGAUCUCAAUACUCCUGAUUGUCUAUGGUAGCUUCAGGUCAUUGAAUCUGGAGCAGGAAAAUCGAGAAAAAGAGAAGGAUAAAACAAAUUACAAUGGUUUUUCUGGAGAAAAUGAUGGAAAGCUCAUGGAAUCCAUAUCAUUAUCAACAGUUUGUGCGAGGUGUCUAUCCUCCUCCCUUAGGCCAGCUACAUCAUCAAACAGACGGAACGCAAGCGUAGGAUUCGAUGUUCAAACCAUUGACACAUGCCAAGCCAUGUUUUUACCAAUUGCAGCUUCAGUUUCUCUCUUGGUCAUGUUUUUGUUCUUUGAUUCCUUACAGAUGGUUUUUGCAAUCUGCACAGCCAUUCAAGGAAAUUCCAUGCCCCCUGCUAAAUUGCUUAACAAUACUCAAGAGACCCUCAAGAUGGGGGAACAUUUGCGAAUUUCAUUUGGAAUCUGUGGCCGGUUUACUGCAGCAGAGAUAAUGUCAUUCUGCCUAUCAUUUUUCAUUGUGUGUAUAUGGGUAUUAACAGGGCAUUGGCUUCUCAUGGAUGCUCUUGGAAUGGGUUUGUGUGUGGCUUUUAUAGCUUUGGUUCGUCUUCCCAGUCUUAAGGUCUCUACACUUCUCCUUGUCGGACUUUUAAUUUAUGAUGUAUUUUGGGUGUUUUUCUCAUCGUAUAUAUUUAGUACCAAUGUGAUGGUCAAAGUUGCAACGAGACCAGCCGAGAAUCCUGUUGGUUUAUUUGCUAAGAAACUUCAUUUAAGUGGUCUGGUACGAGAUGCUCCAAAGUUGUCACUUCCUGGAAAAUUAGUCUUUCCAAGUAUGCAGAACAGCAGUCAUUUUUCCAUGCUGGGACUAGGAGAUAUUGUUAUGCCUGGUUUACUGCUGUGUUUUGUGCUAAGGUAUGACGCGUACAAGAAGUCUCAGCUGAACAGCAUUGAGGCAGGAAUCCCACAACCCAUCAAUACCAUUCAAAAGAUCACAUAUUUCCAUUGCUCUUUAAUAGGGUAUUUUUUAGGUCUGUUGACUGCCACCGUGUCAUCAGAGGUAUUCAAAGCAGCACAGCCUGCUCUUCUCUACCUAGUCCCUUUUACACUGCUUCCUCUGCUGACUAUGGCAUACCUCAAGGGUGACUUGCGUCGCAUGUGGAAUGAGCCAUUCAUCAAUAACCAGUCUAGCAAGCUAGAGGUCUAAACAGCUGUGUGUAGAUGGCCAACUACAUUAUAUAUAUAUAUAUAUAUAUAUAUAUAUAUAUAUAUAUAUAUAUAUAUAUAUAUAUACAAUUUAUAUAUAUAUAUACAAUUUAUAUAUGUAUAUAUAUAUAUGUAUGUAUGUAUGUAUACACCCAACAUGGAGGUCUAAAUAACUGUGCGUAGAUGGCCAACUACACUAUAUGCCCACAUUCACUGGUUUUUCAGACCACAGAUGGAUGGUUGGGGAUGAUCAAUGGAGCACAAUAACACUGGAAAAGAAAUAACAAGAUUUACAGCUUAACAACAGCAUCUGAAUGUAUGAACACAUUACACACAUAAACAUACACCUGCUGACUCACAUGUGUAUUUGUGGGUAUUAUAUAUACAUGCACAUACACAUACACAGACACACAUAUAAAACACACAAACACUUUACCAAGUCAAGGAAGAUAGUGAUAUAAUGUUCUUCUUCCGCUAGUUGUGGAUAAGGUAUUCUAUGAUCUGUGUAAUAGUUGGAUGAGAACAAUACAUUCUUACCGCAGCUACCUCUACUACAACUACUACUGAUUCAAGAUUCCCCACCACUACAACUACUAUUGCAACUUUAACUUUAUACAGGGACUAAUUGAAUAGCAAUGUUGAGCUGGAUAACACAAGAGCUGCACUGCGAUAUGUUACCUUUUGAGUUACUCUUUUACCAUACACCUGACAAUACACCAGACAUCUGUUACGACUAUCCCUUGUUUUUCCUGUCAAGAGUUCUAUUUUUACUUCCAACUGAAGUCAUUCCUGGUGGAAAAAGAAAAAUGGUUUUACCCUUGUCUUGUAAUAACAUUUUUUUUUUCUGCUGCACUGUUUUCAAACUGUGUAAAUCUAGAUUCUUCCUCCUGUCGCAACUGCCCUCUCCUCUUCCUCAUUCCUGCCUCCUAUCUGUGCUGCCACCUGCCUCCAACUACUAUUUAUAUUGCUUUUAUUUGUAUCUGUACUACUCUGUGAUUAGAUACCACACAAGAAAGAUGGCAGUGUUGGUGUAAGACAGGAUAAAAAAAAGAACAACCAGGCUUUUGAAGAAAGAAAAGAUUUCCUUAGUAAAAAUCAUGCUCAAUACUGGAUAUGUUGGAGAUAUUUGCAUAAUUUUGUUGCCUUCAUCUUCACUCAGUUAAGAUAUUGGCUAUCAUCUGUCACCUUGAUUGUUGGUGAUUGUAUGUAAAUCAUUAUUCGUUUGAUUUGCUUUGGUGGAGAAAUGUAAAUAGACAUGAGAUUUAUACCAAGGCAUCUUCAUAUAGCUCUUCAGUUAUCAUUGUUUUAUCACUGUUAACCCUCAUAUAUGUCAAUCUAUAAGUGACAGGCUUCUAUUAUUCCUACUGGUGCGCAAGGUUGAUGCAGCUAUCAACUUAUGAAUGUUACAAUCCUUUUUUAAAUCAACAUUAUUUCCUAGGUUGGACUUGAAAUAAUACAUAACAUUCAGUACAUUCCUUGUAUCCUGAUUGCUUCUUUGACUCUUAUUCUCACUGUACCUCAGUUUUCAUGAUUUUACCGUACUUUUUGUCUAAUUUCCUCUGUUCUUUUCUGUUCUUGUAGUUUGGUUGCUUCUCUGUUCUUUUUACUUCUCAUUCUGGUUGUAACUGUCUUGUGGGACAUGUUUUCAAUUUUAUAUUCCCAGACUCCAUACAUUUCUGCUAAACUAAGGCAUCGUUAUCUUAUCAUCGAAGAUUUAGUCAAAAAUAGAAACUUUGAAGGACAUACAUUGCUAUUGUUUCUUUUUUGGCUUUUUUUAAAAUUCUAGAUAUACUUGUAUUGUCAUUUUAAAGACCCUUCCCCCUUUUUUAAAAAAUAUAAUUCAACAGUUUGAAUAGCCUUUUAAACCUUUUUUGAAUUCAUUAAAUAUUUUAUUUUAAUUCUACCACCAAAGCAGACUGUUGUUAUUUAAAUUUUAAUUUGUCAUGGUCAUAUUUUCCUAUUCUUUUAGAAGUUUUUGAUGUAGUUUUAGAUUAAAAUUGCCUUCACAUUCAACAGUUUUUAUCUUUGGUAAUGACUGAUAAUAUAUAACAAUUGCAACUUUUGAGUUAAUGAUGUGAUGUGAAAUAGUAUGAGUCAAAGGUUGAAAUCAGUAAAGUGCUAUAUUAGACACCUUAUAGUAUUUAAUUACAUUUCUCUAGAUCAUACCUACAGAGUUGACUCUGCUUAUUAUUAUCUCAGGAGUUGUUAGAAUAAGUAUUAACCAUGUCCUUGAGUUCAUUCAAUCAUCUCUUCCUACUCUGUAUUAGUUUUGUGACUAUAUAACACAUUGUUUCUGUUUUAUAAUUACUCUAUUGUUGUUCUCUCAUAUCAUAUAUUAAAACAAAGUUAUCAUUGCUAAUGACUGAUAGCAUAUCAAGGUUGCAACUUAUUAAAGGUGACAUGAGAACACACUAAAUGGUGUGAAAGGGCCUGAGUCAGGAAUUGAAACCAUGAGCUCAACUCUACUAUUCAGUGCUCAGCUAACAUCUAUCACAAGAGCAAUACUAUUGCAGUGAUUAUGAACCUAACUGAUUGGACCCAUUUAUUUAUGCAGUUGAGCAAGCCAUAUCCAAUCUCAGUAGUAGCUCUGUAUAUAGAUACAAACAAGUCAAGCAAUGCAACCAUCUGUAUGUUGUAUACUCAAUUUGUUGUUUAAAAAGGAAAAAAAAAAAAAAACUGAUGAGAACUUUUUUUUAUUGUUUUGUUAAACUUUUACGGUUCUUCCUUGUGAAUAUUGAAUCUAAAUCUGCAAAAACCCAUUGAUGUGCAAGCUGACAUACAUUUAGUAGCUAGUUAUUCAGCUAUUUAAUUCAAUUAUCUCUGAGGGAAUAUUAUACAGACUCUGUCUUGAUUUAGAGUUUCCAAAUGUCAGUCAGAGAGUUACAGUUGUCAAUUUUAUUGAUUAAUUUCAAAAUAAAGCAACAAAGUGAAAUUAUUAUAUUUAAGAUAGAACUGUUUCUACUUCAUCUUGUCCCUCUUAUAGACUUCCUCAAUCUCAGUUUACUGUUACAGGUGUCAACUCACUCUUGCUCUCACCUUUUCUCUGCCUGUAUUAGUUUUUGUGGAGUUAUACAAUCUUCAAAUAGCCAGUAUCUAGACUAGAAGAUAUUGCUACACUUGCUCUGUGUUCUCGAUGGAUAAUUCACUAAUACUUAGCUAAGUUUGGAAUAUUAUAGUCAACCUUGGAAUGUCAGUUGAAUCUAAGAAUCCUGUCUUCAAGGAUUUGAGUUUUUAAACAGCUAUUGAUCUCCUUAAUUCCAUCAACCCAGUAAAAUCUCAACUCAGAAUUUUUCAUCUCUCCAUCACACUUGAGUUUAUUGUGUUUGGGGGUUUUCCUUUCUCAUUUGAGCCAAAUUAACUGCCAAGGGCAAUGAUGCUGUGGUCUAAACCAGAUGCCAGCAGUGGUAGUUCAGCUUCUACUUCCAGUACUCCUCCUCUUCCUCUGUUGAACCAUUCUAGAGUGUAUGUGGACUGGGAUAGAUGAUACAGUUGUACAUAUGUAAUGGACAAUAUAAAGCCAAAAAAAAAUAAAAGGACAGUUUUAAAUUUUAUUUUAAAAAAUAUUAAAAAAAAACCCAAACAAACAAACAAAAUAAAAACAAAAAAUGUAUUUAAAAACGAGAACAAAAAAAUAAAAUAAAAUAAAAAAAUCUCCUAACAUGGUAGUAGCCACCAUUGAGUCACUGAAGCCAAGGUGGCUGCCACUAAUGUGCCUCUGGAAACAAGAGACCUACAAAGUUGGAAAGACAUUAAACCAAAAUCAUAGACUUCUUUUUUUACUCUUGCUUGUCAAGAUAUGUUUGUCGUUGUCAUUCUCGUUAACGCUGCCAACCACACCACCACCACCACCACAACCACCACCACCACUACUACAACCACCACCACUACUGGCCUGUCGAAUUGGCAGUGUACAUGUGCGUGUGUGGUUGCUAGAGCAGUGUAUCUGCUGACUCUAGUGGACUGAUAUCAUUAGCUCUUUUCAUCUUUCUUCAUGCCCAUCCAAUUCCACAUUAAGGAUGGCCACACUCAUGUCAUAAAUAAAGUAAAUUUCAGUGAA